AUGAGCGCGAUCUUGUCGGCAGACGAUCUGAACGAUUUCAUUUCACCGGGGGUCGCGUGUAUCAAACCAGUGGAAACACUUCCUCUGAAAGACGCAAAGACUCAAGAGGAUGCUUACGAAGUAACGACGGAAGACAAGGUUCAGCCCGAGAAUCUACCACCUGCCCAGAUUUCUUUGACGGAUUGCCUUGCUUGCUCUGGGUGUGUCACAUCUGCCGAAGCGGUGCUUAUAUCCCUUCAGUCUCAUGCUGAGGUCCUCAAUACCCUCGAUGCCUACCCGGAAAUUCCCUUGACACACGAGCACCACGGCACAGUGAUUAAUAAUGCGAAAGACUCUGGAGAAGGCAAGAUUUUCGUGGCCAGUGUCAGUCCGCAGGUGAGGGCAAGUUUAGCCACGACCUAUGGAAUUUCGGAGAAAGAAGCGGGGUACAUGAUCGACCAGUUGCUCAGUGGCCCGCAGGGCUUGCGGGGUGGGGGCAAACACGGCAAUGGGUUUACAUGGGUUGUAGACACCAAUGCCAUGCGAGAAGCCGUCCUAGUCCUCACCGCAGAUGAAGUCUCGGACUCUCUCAAAUCGAAUGAAUUGUCAACGGCGGGUCACUCUGACAGCGCGCUUCCCAAACGCCCAAUUCUAUCUUCUGCGUGCCCUGGAUGGAUCUGCUACGCCGAAAAGACGCACCCCUUUAUUCUCCCACAUCUUUCUCGACUCAAGUCGCCGCAGGCCUUGUCAGGGACGUUUUUCAAGACCGUUUUGAGCAAAUCUCUUGGGGUUCAUCCUUCUCGGAUAUGGCAUUUAGCAGUGAUGCCAUGCUUUGACAAGAAGUUAGAAGCUAGUCGAGAGGAGCUCACAGAUGUAUCAUGGCGCCAGGAAGAUCGCUCAAGCGCUGAAGCUCAGCCCGUUCGUGACGUGGACUGUGUGAUUACUGCCCGUGAGCUCCUUUCGUUAGCUUCGUCUCGUGGGUUCUCACUGCCAGAACUACCUUUACAACCUCUACCUUCAUCUUUCACUCCACCUUUCCCCGAAAAAACCCUUGAAUCUUUCAUCUCAUUCAAGCGAUCUCGGGCAGAACAAUCUCUUGCCGCUGGCACCUCUGGAGGCUACCUGCACCAUGUUCUUAUGACCUUCCAGGCUCGCAACCCAGGGAGCGAGCUAGUAAUUAACCGCGGACGCAAUGUGGAUGUCGUCGAUUACAUCUUGAUGUCCCAAGAGAAACAACCUAUUUUGAAAGCAGCUCGUUAUUACGGGUUCCGAAACAUUCAAAAUCUCGUCCGAAAACUCAAGCCCGCGCGCGUUUCAAGGCUUCCCGGUGCGAAGCCUACCACAAGCCGACGCCAGCCUAUGUCGCGAAACGCCGCAUCUACGGGCAGCUCAGGCUCGGACUAUGCUUAUGUAGAGGUCAUGGCCUGCCCUGGUGGGUGUACGAAUGGCGGUGGCCAGAUCCGAGUCGAGGACGCUAGAGAGACUCUUGCUUCUUCUCAAGGAGGGGUAUCUGAUGCAUCUACCAAACCAUCGCCCCACGAGCAGCGUACAUGGUUAGCCCGUGUCGAUGAGGCAUACUUCUCCAUGGAAUCAGAGUCAGACUCAGAAUUGGAAAUCGAGUCCCAACAACCUUUAUUGGCUGACAAGGAAGCCAAAAUCCACGAGGGCUUGGGGCGCUGGUCGCAGUUCAUGGACAUACCACUAUCCAAACUUGUCUACACCACAUAUCGCAAGGUUGAAAGCGAUGUUGGCAAAGACCAAACUCCUGCCAACGAUACUACUCGAGUCGUGGAGCUUGCUGGAAAGAUUGGUGGUGGUUGGUGA